UAGCUCCCGGGGGAGGAUGACCGUGCACUGACAUGCUCGGUCCCUCUGCAGCCGGCAGGAUCCGACACUUCCCCGCUGUCCCCGCAGGUGACCCCUCCGCGCGCCGCGGGCCGCAGAGAUGGCAGAUCCUGAGGUGGUCGUAAGCAGCUGCAGCUCCCACGAAGAGGAAAAUCGUGGCGCUUUCAAGCAGCAUACACCUUCAACAGAGGAGCUUCUGUUGGAAGACCGGAUGAGGCGGAAACUCAAAUUCUUCUUUAUGAAUCCUUGUGAGAAGUUCUGGGCUCGAGGUAGAAAGCCCUGGAAACUUGCCAUACAAAUUCUAAAAAUUGCAAUGGUGACCAUCCAGCUGGUCCUUUUUGGACUAAGUAAUCAGAUGGUGGUAGCUUUCAAGGAAGAGAACACUAUAGCCUUCAAACACCUCUUUCUAAAAGGAUACAUGGAUCGAGUGGAUGACACGUAUGCAGUGUACACACAAAAUGACGUGUACGAUCAGAUCAUCUUUGCAGUGAACCAGUAUCUACAGCUCCCCAACAUUUCUGUUGGGAAUCAUGCUUAUGAGAACAAGGGGACCAAGCAAUCAGCCAUGGCCAUCUGUCAGCACUUCUACAAGAGAGGAAACAUCUGUCCCGGGAAUGACACCUUUGACAUUGAUCCAGAAAUUGAAAUGGAAUGCUUCUUUAUAGAGCCAGGUGAACCUUAUCCUAUUGGAACGCUAGAAGAAAAUAAACUCAACUUGACCCUGGACUUCCACAGACGCAUGGGCAAGAAUUCAGUUCAGAAGAACACACAUUACAUGAUGAUCUUCGAUACCUUUGUCAUCCUGACUUGCCUGUCCUCCUUGGUCCUCUGUGUGCGGUCUGUGAUUAGAGGGCUCCGGCUUCAGCAGGAAUUUAUCAGUUUUUUCCUCCUCCAUUAUAAGAAGGAUGUUUCUGCCUCUGAUCAAAUGGAAUUUGUCAAUGGAUGGUAUAUUAUGAUUAUCAUUAGUGACAUACUAACCAUCAUUGGAUCAAUUCUGAAAAUGGAAAUCCAAGCUAAGAGUCUCACAAGUUAUGAUGUCUGCAGUAUAUUUCUUGGGACUUCGACCAUGCUUGUGUGGCUUGGGGUCAUCCGAUACCUAGGUUUCUUUGAGAAGUACAAUCUCCUUAUCCUGACCCUCCAGGCGGCACUGCCCAAUGUCAUCAGAUUCUGUUGCUGUGCUGCAAUGAUUUACUUAGGAUAUUGCUUCUGUGGCUGGAUUGUGCUGGGGCCUUACCAUGAUAAGUUCCGUUCUUUGAACAGGGUCUCCGAAUGCCUUUUCUCUUUGAUAAAUGGAGAUGAUAUGUUUGCCACAUUUGCAAAAAUGCAGCAGAAAAGUUACCUGGUCUGGCUGUUCAGCCGAAUGUAUCUGUACUCAUUCAUCAGCCUCUUUAUAUACAUGAUUCUGAGUCUUUUCAUCGCGCUGAUCACAGACACAUACGAAACGGUUAAGCACUACCAACAGAAUGGCUUCCCAGAGACAGAACUUCGAAAGUUUAUAGCGGAGUGCAAAGAUCUACCUAAUUCUGGAAAAUACAGAUUAGACGAUGACCCUCAGGAAUCUUUAUUCUGUUGUUGAAAAAAGUAGCCAUUGGGUUUCUCUGCACUUGACAGGGAAAUAGAACAUGUGGCUGAGCAGGAGACCACACGGAUAUUCUGAGAUCACAUAUAGUAUGUUCAAAUACUAUUAUUGUAAGCUAAUGGACAGCUAUGAGUCACCAAAACCUGUUUAUACUUUUAAAAGUAAUAUUUGAGGUCUUUGCUGUUUAUAUUAGUGGGUUUUUUGUUUUUGUUUUUGGAACUAAUUUGGUGAGGGAAGCUUCUGGAUUAUUGUUCUUUCUUAUCCGUUGUCGAUUUUGAGUGUGUUCUCUGCCCACCCUUUUAUCCCACUGUGUGGGUUGUGUCUGCACUGGAAAAUAAUCCCUGAUCUCUCUAUGAUUUUGGAUGACUCAGUGUCCCUCUCUGAGAGUGGGAAUAGUUAUUACAUAUCUAACAAUCACUGCAUCUUAAAAUUUUCCCUUAAGAGACAGAACAAGAAAGAGACCAUCACCAGCAGUUGGCGGGGGUGGGGAUGGUGGUGGAGGGGGGCUGGCUCUGAAGGACAGUUGGUACUUGAUUCUGCUUUUAGUCCUGGAUCAGGUGUUCUCAUGUUCAUUUAGGAGUUCUCACUCCCUACAGCGUUAAAGUACACGGUUGAAUGAGGAUCUACACAUACAGGAAAAUUAAAGCACAUAUGAAGAUAUAGUUGAUCAAACAAUGACUACUUUAUUAGCACCUGAGCAGCUUUGUGAAAAUGUGUGACACACUGUGUAUUUUCUAGGCCUGUGCAGUCUCAUGGCAAAGCCAUUUGGGGUCAGGAGCUGGCUCCAUGGACAAGAGUUCUGUAACUCAAGUGCAAAAUUUUAACAUAAAUGAGAAAUAUGUGCCUUAAAACAACACAGACAUAGACUCUACCCUUUAUGGUCCAUUGAUUGGUAGCUGCAGGGAUGUGUAUAAUGUAAUAUUUCUUUUGUGUACUAUUAUCUAUGUAGAAAUGAAUUCAAUGAUGUAUCAUAAAAGUUUUAUCAAAGCACUUUAUUUAAGAAACAAAAUUUUAAUCUUUUGAUUUUGCAUUAAGAGCAUGAUGAAAUGGCCCCGAGAUACUGAAAUCUUAUUAUUUAACCAUAAGAAUGACUUCAGAUGUUGAAAUGUGAGGUUUUACAAUGGUAUAAGCUACUUCUGAGGAACCUGUGAUGUAAAAAAUGGCAAUACCAAAAAAAAAAAAAGGCAAUUCCUAAACUUCUAAGUGAGUAUGUAUUGGGG